ACACUCCACAUAGAAUCAAAGGAAUCCCGGAUAAAUAUCUGAAAUCGUCAUUCUAUAAUUAGACUUUCAGAUGUGAAACUGUCUUAUACUUUGUGCAUCACAAAACAGAAAUAUUCUUCUUUAUUAAACAUUACUGUUCAAUAAUUGACAUGUUACAUAUAAAUUUCUUCUUUCAUUUUAAUCGGUGCUAAUGGGUCAAGUUCAGGCAUAACCCUAAUAAGAAUAUAGAUGACAAUGUUAAAUUUAAAUUGAUCAGUCUAAUCUCAUAUGUCUUAUAAACUUCAAUCAACAGUUACUAUCAAGUCUUUAAAAUCAUUUUACUUUUAUCAAUAUAAAAUGGAAAAGAACUAUUACUUUCUGUAAUUAUCACUAAAUAAUUUUAUUGAAAUUGCAACACUUAGCAAGAAUAAAGCAUAAUGAAGUUUCAUUUUGAAAAAUAGUGAUUGUUUUGUGUUGAAAAUAUUGUAACUAAGGAAUUACCAAAAAUAUGUGUGCACGAUUAUUAGCAUGUCCUUUAUGUUCUCAACCUGGAUUUUUAACACUGGAUGCACUUCGAACAGGAUUAAUAAGUGUAGCAACUCGACCACUUUCAUGCCCAAUUUUAAAUCUUCUGAAAAUGUACAAACUACAGGAAAUGAAAUUCCAAGUUUGAGUUCAAGAGUUUGUAUACAAGAACAAAAUUUGCCUAUAAAUAAUGUAUCUCAAGUUGCAUUUUUACAAAAUUCAAUUUGCAAAAGUGAAGGAGUAAAUGCAGUUCAUAGGACACAUGAGAAUCAUAAAAUUAUGCCAAAAGUAAACAAAAAUUCUCAAGAAAUAAUGCAAGAAACAAUGAGUGUGAAUUAUACCACACAAAAUUAUGUUACAAAUAACAUUAAACAUGCAAAUACUGCACAAGACCAUGUCCAAAGUAAACAUGAAAAUAUACAAAAUUUUAAGCAAUGGACUGGAAAUCAACAUUGUGAGCAACAAACUUCUAUAAAUGAAAACAUAAGCACGCUAGAAAGAUCUACAGCAGAAAUUAGAGAAGUUUGUAGCAGUAAACAAAACUACAAUGAACAAGUAACAUCAGUGAAUAAAUAUCCAGUAACAAGUGUUACAACAAUCUGUACCAAUACUGUGGUGGAAAAAUAUAAUGAUAAAAAAAAUGAACAAGACAAUUCGUUAAUUAUAUCUAACGAAAAUCAAACUAAAAUUUUAAAAAAUGGAGAAAUAUUGUCUGAACUGAAACAAGUUAAACCGUCGCCUACAAAGGAAAAGACUGAACGUUGUAAUAUAUGUGGCUUCCAUUUUCCUGACUACAAUAUUUUACUUUUACACAAACAAUUAGUGCAUAUGAUCAAUGAAAAAGAUUUGAAUGUCAUUCCUGAAAAUUUUUUUAAAAGUUAUUCAUGCCAUUUGUGUUCUAAAAUAUUUAAAAUGCGCGGUAGUUUAAUGGUUCAUAUGAGAGUAGCACAUAUGGGAUAUAAUAUAGGUUCUUUAGCUAAAGGUGGCCAGGUAGAACUUAUAUUUAAUGAGAAUAAAUAUAAUUGUCCAACAUGUGGAAAAAUAUUCAAAAAGGAACAACAUGUAAUUCAGCAUUUAAAAACUCAUGAAGCAAAACAAUGGGAAUGUGAUGUAUGUAGCAAAAUGUUCACAACAAAAUAUUUUUUAAAAAAACACAAACGAUUACAUUCAGGAGAAAUGCCUUAUAAAUGUAAUAUAUGUAAUAAGACAUUCACUUUUCAACAAUCAUAUCACAAACAUAGAUUAUAUCAUAAAGAUGAUAAACCACAUACAUGUGCAACUUGUGGCAGGUCAUUUAAAGAGCUAUCUACUUUGCAUAAUCAUGAAAGAAUUCACACUGGAGAAAAACCUUUUGCAUGUGAAACAUGUGGAAAGUGUUUCAGACAACGUGUUUCAUAUUUAGUUCAUCGUAGAAUUCAUACAGGUGUUAUGCCUUAUAAGUGUACAAUAUGUGGAAAAAGUUUCAGAUAUAAGGUAAGCCAAAGAACUCAUAAAUGUCCAGCACAACAGAUGGGAAAUAUGCAACAAGCAAGUGGCAUCGAUCUCCAGUCAACACAAUUAUCAAAUGCACAAAAUUUGAAUAAUAAUUCAAGUAAAAUUCAGAAAAAUAAUAUCGAAGAAAAUCAAUCAGUUUUAAAUGUUAUAAAUGAUGAAGAAAACAAGUACGUCCUGAUAAUAAAUACUGAAGGACAACAUUUGUUAACAAAGGAACUAAACAUUAGUAAUGCACAAGUAAUUCAAAAAGAACAAAAAUUAGAUGAAUGUAUAGGUAUGAAUGAUAAAAAUGAGGAAAUGAGAAACGUUUGGAAGAAUGACAUUCCUGAUAAUUCUAUAUUAAAAGAACCAGAUGAAAUAUCUAUAAAGUUGUACGUAGAAACUGAGAAACCACUUCAAGAAGAUACAAAUGACUUAUUUUCAAUGAUAAUAUCCCCAUUAGAGAAUGGAUUAUCUUCUCCCACAGCUGAAAUGGAACAUUUAAGAUUAUCGUCACCAGCACAAAAAGAAAAUGAUAUAAAAUCAUAUAACAACUUUAGAAAUACAAUGCACAAAAUAAAUUCAGAUAUAUUUUGGAAAAAGGAUAACAUCAUAGAUAAAGGUUAA